AUGUCCGUCUCCCUGCCAAUCAGCACCGCCAGCGGCACCAGCGAUCUCCCGUCCGCGGCGCCGCCGCCCGCGCCAGCAUUCGACUUCAAGGCCCGCCUCUUCCGGCCGUUCGACCUUUCCACGGGGCGCGGCAAGGCGGUCGCCGCGACCGUCGGGCUCCGCCUCAUCGCCAACAUUGCGCACUUUAUCCUCGCCGGCCUGUCGGCCCGCCCGGCCUGGUGCCUCUGGUACGUGGCUGACCAGCUCGUCGUCACGUACGCCGUCAGCUUCAUUGCGGAUGCCGCGGGAGAGAGGAGGAUCUGGGGGACGAAGUGGAUGGUUGGGGAGCGGUUCUUCGAACUGUUCCUGGGGUUCUGCGGGGUGGUGCAUGUGUUGUAUAUGGCCUUCCUGAUCUUCUGCGUUGUGUCGUUUGCCAUCUUCUUUGGGGUGACGGGCGGAUCUGUGUUGACCGUCGUCGGGGCCGCCAUCUUGCCAGUCGGCUUGUUGGCCGCGAUGCCGGAGGCUGAGGAGGGCGGGCUGAGUCUUCCGUGA